UACAUGGUUUCAGUGUGGAAGGAUCUUAUUUAAUAAGAAUUAAGAAAGCCAAACGAAAACACAAAAAAGGGUCUCUUCUACUCCACCUUCUCAUCCCAAUCUUAAUUCCCUCAUUGUCAAGUCGCUGAGAGACCCCCAACAAACUCCCUCUAAAAAAUUUGCCUCCCUAGCUAAGAUGUUCAGUGCUAAUAACCCUGCUGAGAUUCCCCAAAAAUCACUCCAAAUUCAGCAAGAUGACAAAUUCUUCUCUCGGCUUUUGUCCAAAGAAAGCUCCAUAGCCAAUCCUUCUCUAAGAGUCUACUAUGGAGGACUACCUGGUGCUGUGCCAUUCCUUUGGGAAUCUCAGCCUGGAACUCCCAAAUACAAAUUCUGUGAUGACACUCUUCCUCCUCUCACUCCUCCUCCUUCUUACUACACCAAUUCCAAUAAAAAAAAGCCAGCAAAUAAGACCUCAAGAUCCAAUCUUUUACACACCCUUUUCACAAAAAAGAAUGUUAAUGUCAAGAAAACCUCCAAGCAGCAAUCUUUGCCUUGUCAAUCAUCACCUGUACCAUCAUUCUGGUCUUCUUCGUCAUCAGAUUCUUCUUCGAUGGUUUUUCCAAUGCAUACGACAACAACAACAAAGUAUCAAGGAGGAAUGAACCGGUUUUCGAGCAAGAGCUCGUCUUUGGAGUCGCUUCUUGGAGAUGAUGAUGGAGAAAUGAGAGUUGGGUCGUCCACUUCCACAUUGUGUUUCGGUUUCAGUAGAGUCUCUAGUUCUGUUGGUCUGCGAGGUUGCCAUGACCGGUCAUGAACAGAGACAACAACAUAUAUAUAUAUAUAUAUAUAUAUAUAUAUAUAUAUAUAUAUCAGAAAUAUCUAUUCAUGUAAGUUGGUUGACCAUGAAUCUGCAUAAAGGUUAUUUUCCCUUGCUUAGGGAUCGAUGUUUCUAUAUAAUCUAUUUACUUGUUUUUUUUCUUCUUUAAUUUUUUAGGAAGUCUUAGUAUCGUUGGUAACAACCUGAAAACUAUGUCCAAAAGCUUCAUGAAACGUGUGGUGGUAAAGGUUGUUUAUCAUAAAAAAUAACAAGUUUGCAUUUUGAGGUA